CCAGUCCCUACUUUAAGACAAGGAUUGGUGAAGAUGCGCUGAAAUAAUGAGGAAAGGAGGCUUAGAGUGCUUGGGUAUGGAGUGAACAGAAUUCCUUCCUUUGAACCGAGCACAGGAAGGACUUACAGUAGGAGCAAAGAUACUACAUGCUGGGUGAAUUAAUAAUGCCGAAUGAAUGCAUCACUUCUCCUGUCCCCUCUUGGUCCUUCUGCUUCAUGUUUACUCCACAGACAGGCCAGCGAAGCCAGCCUUGUGGCCUGAGAUAAGGUUUUGGCGCGUGUCUCCCCUAUCGGUGCCUCAAGUGGGUGCGGGGACGCGGACGAGGCUGCCGCUGGCGGACCAUGUGCAGAGAGGGACGCAGGAUGGGCUCCAGCUACCCGCGGUCUGUGCGCUGCUGCCUGCCCCUGUGGGUCUUGACGUUGGAGGCAGCUCUCAUUCUCAUCUUCGCCUUUUUCGCCUCCUAUGACGCCUCGCCAAAUGAUAAGAAGCUCUUGGGGACCUAUCAAGCCCUCCAGGAUUUUACCAUCAUGGCGGCCCUUGGCUUAGGCUUCGUCACUUCAUAUUUUCGGAGACAAGGCUGGAGCAGUGUGGCCUUCAACCUCUUCCUGCUGGCCCUUGGUGUGCAGUGGGCAGUCCUGCUGGAUGGCUUCCUGAGCCAAACCUUUCAGGGGAAGGUGAUCAUCAAACUGUCCAGUGUCCGGUUGGCCACCAUGAGUGCCAUGUCAGUGCUGAUCUCGGCGGGGGCUGUCCUGGGGAGGGCCAACUUGGUGCAGUUGGCAGUGAUGGCGCUGGUGGAGGUGACAGUCUUUGGUGCCAUGAGGUUGACCUACAAGCAAGUCUUCAAAAUGGAUGACCACAGAAGCAUGGCGCACAUCCACGUGUUUGCAGCCUAUUUCGGGCUGACUGUGGCCUGGUGCCUCUCAAGGCCUCUUCCCAAGGAAGCAAAGGGCGUGCAGGCAGAGAAAGUUCAGAUGGCCACAAGCCCCAGUCUCUUUGCCAUGCUGGGGACUCUCUUCUUGUGGAUGUUCUGGCCAAGUUUCAACUCCGCUCUGUUGGACCUUCCAAAUGAAAAGAAGAAUGCUGUGUUCAACACCUACUAUGCUCUCGCCGUCAGCACAGUGACAGCCACCUCAGUGUCAGCCUUGAGUCACCACCAGGGGAAGAUCAAUAUGACCAAUAUCCACCACGCGGUACUGGCAGGAGGUGUGGCUGUGGGUGCUUCCUGUCACCUGAUUUCCUCUCCUUGGAUUGCUAUGGUGCUGGGCCUUUUGGCUGGGUUGAUCUCCAUCGGGGGAACCGGAUGCCCGUUGGUGUGUUUUAACAGUGUGCUGGAGAUUCAGGACCCCAGUGGCAUGCACUACACUUUUGGCUUGCCAGGUCUGCUGGGAGGGUUCGGGUACAUUGUGCUGAUAGUGCUGGAGGCCUCCGGAAGCCGCGGGACUGGCUUCAUGAUGCUCAUGGACACUGGGGCUCUCAGCUUUGCUUUGGCAAUGGGUCUGGUCUCUGGUCUCCUAACAGGUUUUCUCCUAAAGCUCAAAAUAUGGAAAGCACCUCACGUGGCUAAAUAUUUUGAUGAUCAAGCUUUCUGGGAGUUUCCUCACUUGGCUGUUGGAUUUUAAGCAAAAGCAUCGAAAACUAACAAGGCUACUGAUCGUGGAAACACAACUUCCUUUCCCUAUUGCCCGCCUGUCUGUAUGUGACACUCAUUAUAGCAGUCUUUAUGUACAAAGAAAUAGGGUCAGAUGGACUUGAUAUUUUAAAAACAUUACAAAUUUGUUUAACUGGCAAUUUAAUAAUAAUUUUAAAUAAUGUUUGAUUUUAUUAAAGACAAUGCUAUCCAUACUUCAGGUUGCAGACACGUUUGGUCCAAUUCUAGUGCCAACUGUCAGAUUUUUUCUCAUGCUUAAUAAAGUAUAUUAUCAAGUAAACUCCUACCUACAGCAACAGCAGGUAAUUCCAAACUUUUAAAAGUCAAAAAUUCACUUCUAUUUAGUCCUUGCAGACAUGCUUUUUUUCUUUUUUGGUUUUUUGAGACAGGGUCUCACUAUGUAGUUGAGACUG